AUGGAGACAAGCGCCCAUAAAAAAAUUAGACUGUUAACUUGUCCAUUUCCACCACUCCAACAGCAAAAACAAAUUUGCAAUAAAAGCAAUUCAAGAAUAAUAAAUUAUAACAAUUUUGCUUCCGUUACUGUCAUUAAAUUAAUACGCUUAAAUGUUAUGCUAUCAGUUCACCUUGUUUUUGUCUCUCCCCAAUGCAUCGACAACAUCAAAACAUCCUAA